AGGUACAAAUCCAUUAUAACACAAAUAUAAAUGUGAUAUCUAUAGCUUAAAUGGAAUUUAACCUAAGAAUGAAAAUAAUGAUGCAUGUAGGCACGGCAAGACAUAUUUACAAGGUGUAAACAGCUUCUUGGCUUUUGCAUUUAGAAAUUCGGUUGUAGGGAACAAGAUUUUAUGCCCUUGUAGAAAGUGUGUUAACUCGUUUUGGAAAGAGGCAAGUGAAAUACGUGAGCACUUAAUAUGCGAUGGGUUUCUAAAAGGGUACACGAUAUGGAACUUGCAUGGGGAGACUAGCUCUGUUGUGAAUCAUGGAAACUAUGAUUACAAUGAGGUUAUGGAGGAACCUAAUGAAGAUGAUGACAUUUCUGAUUUGCUUAGAGACUUAGCUACUGGUUUAGAUGAUAGAGGAGAUUUUGAGGAUACAAGCUCUUUUGUUAACCCCUGUGAGGAGCUAGUUGCUAUUCAAAAGUUGGUUGCAGAAAAUAGCAAAGAGUUAUAUCCAAACUGCAAGAAAUAUACGCAGCUACGUUUCCUGAUUAGAUUACUCCACAUCAAACUCCUCGGAGGAUGGACUGAUAUAUCUUUUAACUUACUACUUGAUUUACUUAAUGAUGCACUCCCUGAGGGUUCAGCACUCCCGAAAAUUUUUUAUGAAGCUAAGAAAUUGGUGAAAACCGUAGGAAUUGGGUAUAUAAGUAUUCAUUCAUGCGAAAAUGAUUGCAUUCUCUAUUGGAAGGAGAAUUUAGAUCUGAAUUCAUGUCCAAAAUGUAAGGUUUCACGAUGGAAAUCAAUAAAGAAGAGUCUAGAUGGGAAACAUGUGUAUAAGGUUCCAAAGAAGGUUCUUCGAUACUUCCCAAUAAAGAAAAUGCUCCAAAGGUUAUUUUUGACCUCCAAAAUAGCAAAUCUAACACGAUGGCAUGCUGAAGGUCGAAAAAAGAUGGUUUACUUAGACAUCCAGCAGAUUCACCCCUAUGGCAGGACUUCGACAACAAACAUCCAGAGUUUGCUGCAGAUAGCCGUAAUAUUCGCCUUGCAUUUGCAACUGAUGGCUUUAAUCCAUUUAGGUCCAUGAAUGUUAUCUAUAGUGUUUGCCCUGGUAUUUGUAUUCCGUACAACUUUCCACCUUCAAUGUGCAUGAAGCAGUCAAAUUUCAUCCUUUCUUUGUUGAUUCCUGGUCAAAAUGGACCUGGUAGUGACAUGGAUGUCUAUUUUCAACCCCUUGUUGAUGAUCUGCUAGAUAUGUUCGUCAAAAGCUAGAACUUAUGAUGCUUCAAAGGGUGAAUUCUUCAAGUUGCGAGCUGCACUAUUAUGGACUAUUACUGAUUUCCCAGGUCUAGGAUACACAUCUGGAUCUGUCACAUCUGGUGAAGCAGCAUGUCCUGAUUGCAACUACCACACUUGUUCACUUAGACUUAGUAAUGGCAGCAAGAAUUGCUAUAUGGAUCAUCGUAGAUUCUUGCUUGAUGACCAUCCAUUUAGGUUUGACAUUGAUAGAUUUGGUAAAACUGAGUUUAGGCCAGCACCUACUCCGCUUUCUGGAGAACAAAUUUUAGAGUGCACUAAAGAUCUUAAUCAAACUUUUGGCAAGGAUCCAUCUAGAAAGAAACCGGCAAACAAGAGACGCAAGAAAGGGGAACCAUUAGUCAUUCUCAAAAGGAGAUCUAUUUGGUUUCAACUACCAUACUGGAAAGAUUUAUUGUUGAGACAUAAUUUUGACAUCAUGCACAUAGGGAAAAAUGUGAGUGAAAGCUUACUUAAUACAUUCCUGGGCACAGAUGGGAAAUCAAAGGAUAACUUGAAUUCUCGGUUGGACCUUCAAGCCCUAGGUAUUAGAAGUGAUCUUCACCCUAUUGAAGUAGAAGACCAACUUUAUUUACCACCAGCACCUUACUCAAUGAGUCCUGCCGAGAGGAAAUUAUUUUGCCAAGUACUAAAAGGGGUGAAGUUUCCUGAUGGUUAUGCAGCUGAUAUACGACAUAAUGUACAUGUCAAUGAGAGGAAAAUAAUUGGACUUAAGAGUCAUGAGUGCCACAUUAUUCUACAACACUUGCUGCCACUUGCUGUUAGAAAAAUAUUGCCUACAAUAGUCAGUGCUGGAGUGAUCCGUAUAUCUAAUUUUUUCAAGAAACUUUCUGCACCAGUCAUUCGAAUAAGUGACAUGAAAAGUCUUGAGGCUGAUACAGCUGAAACUCUAAGCUUUCUUGAGACUAUAUUCCUGCCUUCUUUUUUUGAUAUUAUGGUACACUUGAUGGUACAUCUUCCCGCUCAAGCAAAAAUAGCAGGUCCAGCCCAUUUUCGAAGCAUGUGGCCGAUAGAGAGGUAUCUAAUGAGAUUGAAGGGUUCUGUUCAUACAAAAAGUCAUUGUGAAGGAUCAAUCAUGGAGUGGUCUAUGUUUACUGAAUGCCUUACAUUUUGUGCUCGCUAUUUACAUGGCGAGUCUCAAUUGAACCAUCUUGAUGCUAAUGAUGAAGAUUGUAGUACAACUCCUUUCUUCCAUAUAAUUGGUCGUGGAUUGUCUGGAAAAUGCAUAGUUACUUUAGACCACAAGACAUGGCUACAAGCCCACAGAUAUGUUUUGUUCAACUAUUACAAUAUAGGGCCUUACUUGGAGUAAGUUAUCUAUAUAAGUAUAUAUCUUCUCAUCACAUGAUCACUACCUUUUGCAUGUUGAAGUGAUAAAAUGACCUUUACAGCAAGCAUGCUCACUAUCUAUCCUCAAAUGGUCUUCAAAAUAAACGAGAUAUCAACCACAUACAACAUCAAUCCUUUCAUGAGUGGCUUAGGUUGCAUGUAAGUAAGAAAUAAACUUAAUAGAUUUAUUUGAGAUGGAAUUCACAUAUACUUUAACGGUAGCAUUUCAAAUUCAGGUGGAAGAAACGUGUGAAGAAGCAUCAGACGAGAUUAAAAUUUUAGCCAAGGCACCAAUGAUGGUUGCACACAAGUAUAAUAGCUAUACCAUAAAUGGAUUCAAUUUCCACACACACUCCUAUGAUGAGGGUAGAUCUAUUCAAAAUAGUGGGGUUGUUGUAGUUGCAGAGUCAACAAGCUUUGACAGGGGUAAUAAUGAUAAUGUCAUAAUAGGAAAUAAGACCUAUUUUGGUAUUAUCAAUGAAAUUGUUGAACUAAACUAUAACCACAAAGGUACGGUCGUGCUUUUCAAAUGUGAUUGGGUUGACAACCGUGUGCAGAACAAGUGGGUGAAAACUGACCAGUUAGGUAUCACAUCUGUCAAUUUUAAGCACUUGUUCAAUACAGGUGAAAAAUUAUCAGAUGAGCCUUUCAUUCUAGCAUCACAAGCAGUCCAAGUAUACUAUGUUCCUGAUCCAAUUGAUAUUGAGUGGGCUGCUGUUGUUCAAUCUAAAGCAAGAGAUGUGUAUGACCUGGAUAAUUUGGAGAACGAGCACAUAGAUAAUGAUAAUCAGUUUUUUGCCCCACUAGUUGAUCUAAAUGGCAAUGUGACUAUUGAUAUUGUUAAUGGGAUUGUCCCUGCUGUUAGAAGAGACAUAGAUGGUUACCUAGUUGAUCCUAAAACAUCUAAAACAAAAUCUGCAAAGUAAGUUCUUUUCUUCAUUUCUGCAAAGUAGCUGGUAUGUAUUGAGUACUUCUUUUCAAGGAGUUGCUAAUUUCUUUAUUCUCUGUAGAAGAAAAAAUGGCAAACGAAAGAAGAAAGCAUAACGAAGCUAUGGUCAACAUGUAUGAGAUGCAGCGACUUGCAACCAUCGCAGGCAACAAAAGACGGCUAGAUGCUCUUAAUAUCCCAACUUUGAGUGAUAUGCAGCAGCACCAGGGUCAACCUAAGAAAAGGAUAAAGAUAACUCACAACACCAGUGCUGCAACUGAAGGUCAUAAUUUGCGUCCAAGGACACAAAGAAAUUUAUCUGAGAAUGCAAAAAGGCUGAACAUGAGAAAGCUGCUCUAGAACAACGCAUAGCAGAAAUGGAGGAGAAAAUGCAGGAGCAAAGGAUGGCUCAUGAAAUGAGAGAUGUGGAAAUCAUCUCGCAUGAUGGUUCUAAUACACGACACCAUACGCACACGAGGUCUGGACAACAUAUUGAUCAAACACAUAAUAUUGCUCAGUUUCAUGAAGAUGAAGCUUAUGUGGAGGAUGAAAUCUCUGAUGAGGGUGAAAACUUGCUUGGCAGCAAUCAUGUUAGUGUUACCCCUGCAGUACAAAAAUCUAAAGGCAACCCUAUCAAUGGUACCCCAACAAUGCAGCCCUCUAGCAAGACGACCAAUACAACCCCAGUAGUGCAGCUAUCUCAAGGCAACCCUACUAAUGCGUCCCUAGCAGUGCAGCGCUGUCAAGGCAACACUAGAGCUAUCCCAGCAAGUCUGCCUCUUCACACUGAACUUGUAAUUUUUUCAUCCAUCCUUCAAAGUUUCUAAUUCUCAUUUGCUAGUGGUCCUGUACAUUUAUUAUAUUCUUAUAAUUUCAUUGUUUGCUUUAGAUUGGAAA